UCUCUGUGCAGCAUGAGUAAUAAAUGGCAGUGGCAGCGUGGCUGAGGCCUGAGGCGGAGCUCUCCCUUCCCUACUGCUACUGGUCCACACCCUCCCCGCCCCUUGCUCUUCUUCUUCUUCCUCAUUCUCCCCUUCCUCCCUCUUUGCUGCUCGCAUUCGCCAUUUCCCACCCACCCACAAUGCACUAAACCCUCGUAAAACCUCCCACCCCAUCCCACCAAACGACGGACUUCUGGUUCAUACGACUUCGGGGGAUUCCCCUGGGGAGCAGGGACUGAGCCAAUUUCUUCUUGAUUUUUUUUGUCGAUUUGGCUUCUACUCUCACUGAACAAGUCCCUUGGGAUGAAGAUCCACACCCACCCCUAGUUCCUCUUAGUUUUUUCACCGAGAAAUCCCCAAGCUGGGGAUUUUGUUUUUUUAUCCUUUCCGUUCGCCCCCAAGUUUGGGAAAUUUUUCGAUCCAUUUGAUCGUUUGGUGGUGAAAGUGAAACAGGAGGAGGGGAGAGGCUCCCUCUAUGAGCAGCAGCACCGCCGCCGGCGCCUGUCGAUGACUGAGCGCUGCCACCGAUGCUUUCGGGGUGCUCGGUGUCCAGUCUCGCGGCGAGGUUCGCCUUCUUCCCGCCGGACCCGCCCACCUACGCCCUCCGCAAGGACGAGGCCACCGGCCGCCUCGUCGCCUCCGGCGUCCCGCGGGACAACGCCUUGGAUGUGCUGCUCCUCGACACCACCAGGGGGACCAAGGUCGUCGCCUUCUACCUCAGGAACCCCUGCGCGCGCCUCACCCUGCUCUACUCGCACGGCAACGCCGCCGACCUCGCCCAGCUCUACGAUCUCUUUGUGCAGCUCAAGGUCAAUCUCAAGGUCAAUCUGAUGGGAUAUGACUACUCGGGGUACGGAGCAUCUACUGGCAAGCCAAGUGAAGAGAAUACAUAUGCAGAUAUUGAAGCAGUUUACCAGUGCUUAGAAACUGAGUACGGAAUCAGCCAGGAAGAGCUUAUCCUGUAUGGACAAUCUGUUGGCAGUGGGCCCACAUUGCAUUUAGCAUCUCGUUUACCAAGAUUGCGCGGUGUGGUUCUUCACAGUGCUAUACUGUCAGGCCUCCGUGUUGUUUGCCAUGUGAACUUUACAUUUUGCUUCGACAUUUACAAAAAUGUCAAAAAAAUAAAGAAGGUGAAAUGCCCAGUGCUUGUUAUUCAUGGGACCGACGACGAUGUUGUGAAUUGGUCACAUGGUAAUGAGCUGUGGAAACUGGCAAGGGAGCCGUAUGAUCCACUAUGGAUCAAAGGAGGCGGUCACUGCAACCUGGAGCUGUACCCUGACUUCAUCCGCCACCUCUCCAAGUUCGUCCGCGAAAUGGAGAGCGUGACAACGAAAACGAGGCUGAAGAAGAUUCGGCAGUCCCUCGAGCCGACAAAGACGGCAUACCGCGCGAACACGGCAACAACUACCACCUUCACCACCAACUGUUGCUGCCGCAUUCGAGUUCGCAAACCAAGCUGCAAUCUCGGCUGCAGCUGCUGCCAUGCACUGAGGAAAUGCUUCGCGUUUGGUGCAUUCAAGUGCCCAGCCUGCUGCAGCUGCUUCAAGUGCUGCUGCUGUGGCGGAUAACACCGAUCUCUAUGUGCGUGUGCUUGUGCUUGUAUAGGAAAAGGAACGGUCCUGGAGAUAUAUCUUCUAACCCUUUGAAUGCUCUAGGACUAAACUUAGUUUUUUCGGUUGGAAAAACAUGUAUGGCAAGAUAGAGAUGCUCCUGUAUCCAGUUGUUCCCCAUUCUCCUAUCUAGUAGUUGUAGUUGCUCGACAGGUUUGUGUAAUCAGCGAUGGCAUAAGCUGUUGGCUAUCGAGCUUAGAAGAGUCGUGAUGUUGUGAAUUGAUUUGAACCCAGCCCAGCCAUGUUUCAGCUCU